CCCAACGGCGUCAUUUUCUCGGGAAAAUUUUCCUGAUUUGCCGGAAUCCUACGGAAAUUUAAAGAGAUGCCGACGUACAAUAUCAGAGGCGUCGAUGUGGAUUUUCCAUUCGAGGCUUACGAUUGCCAGCUUGUUUAUAUGGAAAAAGUCAUUCAAUCUCUCCAAGAAAGAUGCAAUGCACUUUUGGAGAGCCCUACCGGAACUGGGAAAACGUUGUGUCUUCUCUGUGCAACCCUGGCUUGGAGGAAGAGUUUGGGAGGUUUCUCGACUGGUAUGAGUGUAAAAAGCAGUCAGAAAGAAGAGAGCGAACCAGAUGUUUCACUGUCACAGCCUGUGCAGUCAAAUCUUCCUACCAUAAUAUAUACCUCACGCACUCACAGCCAAAUCCGGCAAGUAAUUCAAGAAUUAAAGAGAACCCGUUACAGGCCCAAAAUGGUAGUUUUAGGAUCUCGAGAGCAAUUGUGCAUUCAUGAUGAAGUGAGUUCACUUCGUGGAAAAACACAAACAAAUUCUUGCCAUUCGUUGUGUAGAAAGCGUAAAUGUGGCCAUCAUUCUCGUGUUGCAGAAUACAUGAAGAAAAAUCCUCAUCUUGGUGAUGAACCUAUCGAUAUUGAGGAUUUAGUCAACGUUGGAAGAAGAUUCGGACCGUGUCCUUAUUAUGUAUCACGAGAGCUCCACCGGAUUGCUGAUAUAUUUUUUGCACCUUAUAACUAUCUCAUUGACCCGGGGAAUAGAAAAUCUUUGAAAGUUGAUUGGAACAAUAGUAUACUCAUAUUUGAUGAAGCUCACAAUUUGGAAGGCUUAUGUGCAGAUGCAGCAUCUUUUGAAUUGCCUUCUUGGCUUCUGAAGGCUUGCAUUAUUGAAGCAAAACAUUGUAUUGACCUAUCUGUAGAAAGAAGGGAAGAAUCAAAUGAAAAAUCACGGAACCCAGAUAAUUUUGCCAUCCUUAGAGCACUUCUUUUGAAGCUUGAGAAACGGAUUGCUGAAGUGCCUAUUCAGUCUAAGGAAUUGGGAUUUACUAAGCCUGGGCCGUACAUCUACGAAUUACUCUCUGAGCUAAAUAUCACGCAUGAAACUGUCUCUAAGCUCAUUCAAAUAAUAGAUGACGCUGCUGUGCUUAUUGAGGAAGAUAACCAGCACAAGGUGGCACACACUACUUGCAGACUGGAAAGCAUAGGUGAUAUUCUUAAUACAAUUUUUAAGGAUGAGGGCAAUGCUCAUGCAAAAUUCUAUCGUGUUCACGUGCAUGAAGUUGAAGCAAGUGCUGCAGAUGGCUUGAAAGGUAAGGCAUCAAGGACACUAAGCUGGUGGUGUUUCAAUCCGGGAAUUGCCUUGGAAGCAUUCUCCAAGUUGGGUGUGGGCUCAGUUAUACUGACAUCUGGCACGUUAUCUCCCCUGGAUUCAUUUGCACAAGAACUGAAAUUAGAAUUUCCCGUUCGGUUGGAAAAUCCUCAUGUCAUCACCCCUAGUCAGAUAUGGGCUGGUGUUGUACCAGCUGGUCCUUCUGGUUGCUCUUUCAAUUCCUCUUACCGAAACCGUGAUUCUAUUGAAUACAAGCAAGAUCUUGGCAAUGCUAUUGUCAACUUCGCACGAAUUGUACCUGAUGGAUUGCUCGUAUUCUUUCCAUCAUACUACAUAUUGGACCAAUGCAUUGGAUGCUGGAAGAAUAUGAGUCAUGCAAACUCAACAACUAUAUGGGAAAGAAUCUGCAAACAUAAGAAACCCGUGAUAGAACCUAGACAAUCUUCACUAUUUCCUUCAUCAAUUGAGGACUACUUGGCUAAGCUCAAGGAUGCCUCUGCUUCUGGUGCAGUGUUUUUUGCUGUUUGUCGGGGUAAGGUGAGUGAAGGAUUAGAUUUUGCUGACCAUGCUGGAAGAGCUGUGGUCAUCACUGGUAUGCCAUUUGCAACAAGGACUGAUCCUAAGGUUCGUCUGAAACGUGAGUACUUGGAUCAAGGGGGGCUAUCCCAUAGCAAGGUUCUAACUGGAGAAGAAUGGUAUAAUCAACAAGCAUCACGAGCUGUGAAUCAGGCUGUUGGACGUGUAAUCCGUCAUCGUCAUGAUUAUGGAGCAAUUAUUUUUUGUGAUGAAAGGUUUGCACAUCCAUAUCGUCAGUCCCAGAUAUCGCAUUGGAUACAGCCUCACAUCAAGUGUUACUCCAAAUUUGGGGAUGUAGUUUUUACAUUGACCCAGUUUUUUCGGGAUGGACGAGCUCGGGGAUCUACAGAUCUGAGUUUUAUACAAACUAAAAACCGGGGAGAAAUAGAAGAGAUACAAACAGAGCUACCUCUGGAGAAAUCUCUCACCCAGAUGACACCAAUAAGUCAAGAUUCCUCUAUAAAGGCCUCUUCUUCCGUACCAAACACUACAAAGGGCAAUUUUUCAAGCCGAGUGAAGGAUUUUCUUCCUGCGAAUCGCUCAUCUCUUACUCUCUCCAAGAAUCAAUCUUUAAUUUUGAAUUGUUCGAGGGAUGCUAUCUGCAAUGAGAAAAAUUUGCUGAUGCCUGCAAGGAAAAAUAUGCGAAACCAAGCUCAAGAAAUAAUUGAUUUGACUGGUUAUUCUAUAUUGGAUGAACAACCAAGCAAAGAAGAACUGCUAGUGCCUUUUCAUGCCAGGAAGCGCAAAUUAUUAAGCACGGAAAAUGUUGCAAUACAACAGAUUGAAGUUUCUCAUGAACACUCAUCCCGUGCAAAGAAGUUUGAAACAAAUGGGGCUCCUUUCAGUAUCAAUUCAGUGCAACUUGAGAAUUCACCAAUUUCUAAUAGUAUAAGUUCACAACAUGCUCAAGUUGGUACGGCGUUGCUGCGCAAAGACAAUGGGACUCCUCAGAGGAGGGAAGUUGAGUUUCUCAGGCAGAAGAACAAAGAUGUUCAGUCCAUUAAUGUGCCCAGUGGUAAUGAGGAGAACAGAGGAUCCGAUUUUCUGAUUCAGGUUAAAGAGAAGCUUAGUGCUGAAGAAUAUAAAAAUUUUGUUGAGUUUCUGAAGGCCCUUAAGUCUAAAACAAUGCAGACAAGUCAAGCUUUACAAUCCAUUGUGAGCUUAUUCUCUGGACCAGAGAGGCUUCCUCUUCUUAAAAGGUUCAAGGAUUAUAUUCCUGCAAAGCAUCAUUCUCUCUAUGAGCAUUGUGUUGAAGUAAAUGGCAACAGACACUGACAUAUGAAAUAUGGAACUCCUAGCUAAUAAUCAGAGAAGCUGCUUAAUUUGGCAUGGAAAGCCAGCAGAUCGUGAGCACACUAUAGUCAUGGACCUCCGUAUCUCACUCAAGAUGUGCAAUUAGGAAGUACAUGUACAUUUUGAUUUGCUUUGUCUUGCUGGUCUUCCCUGGUUUUUGUUGGUACCUGGAGAUUUUAACCAGAUACAACUGCUAUUCAUCCAUGAGGCCCAAAAGAAUACUUAACUCAAAGGUAGUAUGAAAUCUGGCAAUGCUGAAGGGAUAUAAGCAAGUCUUUCAUGUGUUAUGGUCUGAGGCAGCUCCUAUUCUUCAUAUGGUUUUGGUCCUUUAGACAAAACAUGACUUCCGGCUAAGCAACUGCACUGUGGCAAGAUCAGUUACAUCCAUAUAUGGCAAACAACCUUAGCAUGUCAGGAAGAUUAAUUUGAAGGCAGCCUCAGCUAUUUCCAUAGUAUUUCAUGGUGCAAGAUCAUUUGGUUGCCAUGAAUCGGAGGAGAGGAAUCAAGUACUAACUUACUGUUGUUAUGGUUUAGUUUUGGGGAUGACAUUGGCUAGCUGUUGUAAAUGCAUUGAUGCCCUCUGAUUAUUACUACUUGCACGAAUACCUAGUUACAAGGUGCUUGCUUGCAUUAUUGCCUGGGAAAAAGAAAAAAAGAAAGAAAGUUACAAGGUGUUUAUAACUUUUUCUUUGUAACGGGAAUAAAUGCCUAGGCCAAACCUUGAUUGAAUUUUGUUGUUAAAGAAAUUGCGACUUAAUUUUAUCUUUUCAUUAUCAAUCAAUCGGUCAGAUUCAGAUUUGAU